GUCGGGGGCAGAGCGCUCUGAGUCGCCCUGGCAACGCUUUGUCCGUACAGCAACAUGGACGCGCCCGUUGGCUCUUAGAGAUUUCCUCUCCCCCGCGUUGGGCUGAAAGGGGCGUCUUUUAGGACAACUGUUUAGAUGCGUGCUUUUUUCACGAUGCAGAUCUGGGAAGCCGGCAUGCACUUCUGAUGAGGGAAGCAGUGAGGGAGGAGGGAGUGAGCCUGCUGAGUUUGGGCGCAGUCGGUUCCGAAGAUCGCGCCGGUGUGGCCCACGCCUGGGUUCGGGCUCAGAAUUUGCUCGCUAGGAUUUUACCACCUUUUCAGUCUGGCGGUGUCCUGUGAGAGGCAGAAGGAAUCUGGAUGAUUAGGGGGUGAUUGGUGUGAAGCGGAGAAGUAGGAGAGACCGAGAGGUGCAGUGAGCAUAGGCUGCUCUGCUGUUGGUGAUGGUAAACCUGGUAUUGGCCCUCCCUUCACAGUCACUCCCGCUUCCCCGAGUCUGAACUCGGACAAACACCGCCUAUGAUACCUGGGGUGGUGGGGUUGGAAGAAGAGCUCAGAACCAAAGUCGGGGUACCUGGGCCUUGUAGCAGUCGUGCCAUUAACUGCAGUUGUAAUUGGGGGCACGCCAUCCCUUCUGUCUGAGUUUCACUCUUCCUAUCUACAUUUCUAGCUCGCGCUAGAGAUCACAGGACCUCCUCACCACCGCGGUGACUCGGAAGGGAGGACCAGUACCAGAUUUACCGUCACCAAAAGCAUUUGUUUGAGCAGUUGCCUUGUGCCAGGCACUGCACAGCACUUCAUGUCGAUUAUCGCAUUACGUUCUCUAAACUGCCCUCAGAGAUGUCAUAAAAAAAGAAAGAGAAUGUCAGUCGUGCACCAGCUGUCACCAGGAUGGUUACUGGAUCAUCUUUCUUUCAUUAACAAGAUCAACUAUCAAGUUCACCAGCAUCAUGAAUCUUGUUGCAGUGAAAAUGAGCCCACUGCUUCUGUUCACCUUGAUUCUGUGUCCUCCUUUGGAUCCUCAACUAAAUUUAUUGCUUCCGACCCUACCACUAAGCCCAAGAAUGAUGGUGGAGAAAAUUGUGAAAUGUUCAUACAAAAAUAUAUUUUUAGAUCUGAACUGUUUGAUAUCACUAAACCUUAUAUAACUUCAGCUAUUCACAAGGAAUGCCAACAAAAUAAUGAAAAGGAAGAUCUAAUGAAUGGUGUUAAAAAAGAAAUCUCCAUUUCUACUCUUGGGAAGAAGCGUAAAAGGUGUGUUGGUUUCAAUCAAGGUGAAUUGGAUGCUAUGGAAUACCAUGAAAAGAUCAGGGGGCUGAUUUUGGAUGGAUCUUCACAGAUAAUCCAAGAAGGUUUAAAAAGUGGCUUUCUUCAUCCACUUUCUGAAAAACAGGACAAGUGUAAUGAGCCCAUUACUUUAUCAUUUGAUACCUGCAAUUUAUCAGAAUUAUGUGAAAUGGCAAAGCAUUUGCCUUCUCUGAAUGAAAUGGAACUUCUGACAUUACAAUUGAUGGAAAACGAUAUGUCUGUUACAGAGCAGGAUUUAUUUUCACGGAUUGUUGAAAACAACUCUAGAUUUACAAAAAUGAUUACUUUAAUGGGACAGAAAUACCUAGUGCCACCAAAAAGCAGUUUUCUUUUGUCUGACAUUUCUUGUAUGCACCCGCUUCUGAAUUGUAGAAAAACAUAUGAUGUGAUUGUGAUAGAUCCACCAUGGCAGAACAAGUCAGUUAAAAGAAGUAACAGGUAUAGUUAUUUGUCACCAAUGCAAAUAAAACAAAUACCUAUCCCUAAACUGGCUGCUCCAAACUGUCUUGUUAUUACUUGGGUGACUAAUAGACAGAAGCACUUACGUUUUGUAAAAGAAGAACUUUAUCCUUCGUGGUCUGUGGAGAUAAUUGCUGAAUGGCACUGGUUAAAAAUCACCAAUUCAGGAGAGUUUGUGUUCCCAUUAGAUUCUCCACACAAAAAGCCUUAUGAAGGUCUUAUACUGGGGAGAGUUAAAGAAAAAACUGCUUUACCGUUAAGAGGUUUUAAAAGACUAUAUCAAGCCAGAUGGGGACUGUUUGGAAUUGUUUGCUCGAAAUUUACAGCCCGGUUGGACUAGUUGGGGCAAUGAAGUCCUCAAAUUUCAACACGUGGAUUAUUUUAUUCCUCUAGAGUCUAGAAGCUGAUUCUGAUCUUAAAGUUGUGAUUUUCAUCAGUUUUUCCUCAUCUCUCUCCCUUUAUUCUGAUUUUUUUUUUAUUACCAACCAGUAUGCUUAGAAAUGUAAACAGGACAUGGUUGUUCAGCAAAAUGGCCAGAGGUGACUAGCCUUCAUGUGAUUUUGAGAUGAAUUUUACUUCAGUUCCACUAGCAUUGUAUAUUAUUCUAGGCUCAUUACAAAUAAAGAUGUUAAGUGUUUAGAAAGAUGGCAAAACUUUGUUAUGGAAAAAGUCAUGAAGUCUGCACUGUGGACCAGAGGUCGUAUUUCUGCCUAUGGAUGUGUUUUAUUUGGCCCACACAUUGAUAUAAAAAAUGUGAACAUCAUUCUAAAAAAAUCAGGACACUUCCCAUACAAGUCGAGAUUUCUGCUUCUUUUCAAACUUCAGAUGCUCUGGCUAGACUGUGGUAUGUUUUCUUUCCUAUGUCAAUCUGUAGGACUCAGUGGUGGCAGCUCUUUUGGGAGGGGUCAUGUACUCUCCAGUUUACGGCAGUGUACCUCUUGCUCCAUGACACUCACUUAUAUUAUCAAUCUGGCCCCUGUAUGAUCUAAACAUACAGCCUCUGUUAUACUGUAACAUUCUGGGAAAAGCAGUCAGAGACCUGCCAAGUUUAUACUGAGUUUAGGGAACAUUUUUGGAGGAUUUUAAAUUGUGUUCAAGGCUACUUUUCAAGUAUGUGUUAGUUUGCUUAUUUUUCUGGGAAAAAUUUAAAAAAAUUUUCUUAUAAAAAGGUCAGAGGUGGAUCCAAGAUGAUAGCAGAAUAGAUGGAAGCUACACUCACUUCUCCCAGGACCAAACUAGAAUUACAACUAAAAUACAGAACAAUCAACCUGAAUAACCAACUGAAGACUAGCUGAACAGAAGCUUCAUAACCAAAA